AUGCGAGGGGAGCUCCGUGCCAUGCUGCAAUGGCGGGAGGCGGAUUUCCAGGAACGAUGCACCUACAUCGUGAAGGACCAGCCGUGCGAAAUGCUCACGCGCCCCGACGUCCCUCGCGCACAAGCCUCCUUACCCCGAAACUUGGCCUUCCGGUGCAACAGCAGCCACAAGGUGGUGGCAGUGCUGAGCCGAGAGUACAUCCCAUCGGGCACGCGCUUCGGGCCGCUGGUCGGGGAGGUCUACACCAAAGAGAACGUGCCAAAAAACGCCGACAGGAAGCACUUCUGGCGAAUUUACUCCCCGGGGGGCGAGCUUCACCAUUUCAUCAACGCCCGGGACCCCCGCCGCAGUAACUGGAUGCGCUACGUCAACCCCACCCCUGACGCCCCGGCCCAGAACCUGGUGGCCUGCCAGAACGGCCUGGAGAUUUACUUCUACACCCUGAAGCCCAUCGUGACGGGUGCCGAGCUCCUGGUGUGGUACAAUUACGAGUUUGCUGAGCGCUUGCAGUGCCCGCUGCCGAGGGAGCUGGCCGAGGAGCUCGAGCACGAUGGUAUCCGGAAAUCCACCGCAGAAGCCCCCGCCACACCGGGGCCUCAGCCACCACAGGGGGGCUCGGCCGCCAACCCAAACCUCACAGCUAAGCUCACAAAGAAAAAGGAGGAGGAAGAGGGCGAUGAAGAUGAGAGCGUUGACCUGGAAGCGCUGGACAGGAGCCUGCCACCGAGCCCAUCAGGAUGCCGACGUGUGGCGUUGCGUGGGCAGCUCCCCCAGGACGUCAAGCAGUGGCCCCUGGGGUUUAGCCCUUUCCCCAAUGCCCCUGGCAAGGAAGGGGCGCCUGAGAAGUCCAGCCCUCCAUGCCAAAGAGCCGCGAGCCCCAGGAACCAGCCAGUCCUCAACUGCUGCCCGUACGGCCCAACUACCUCUCUGUGCAAGGAGCUGCAGCGCUGUCUCAGCAACCUCUACCCUUCCUCCCCUCUGUAUUUGCCAACGGGCCACCUGCCCCAGCCAUAUCUUUAUGCCUGCGGCCCCAUCCCUGCCCACUACCCCCGGUUUGCGCUGCCCCCCCACGCCGUGCCCUUCCUGCCAGCGCCGCCCAUGAGCAGGGUGGGGGAAGUCCCUCCCUUGGGGUUGCCUUCGCCGGAGCCGCAGGUAUACGCCCGUGCCCGGGGAGACGGGACAUCUCCAUCCCCAGGCCUCUACGCAACUGUCUUGCCUCAUGGAAAACAGGGAGCCCACGAGCUCCGGAAGCCACAGGAUGUUUUAAUCUCCCUCCAAAGUGGCGCUUUCUCCUCUCCGGGUUUGGACUAUGGACCAAAGCAGUAUUCGUCCCCUGCCGGGGGCACCUCAUAUACCUCUGAAGUUCAGCAACAGAAACCUACCUCCCUGCUUGCCCAGCCACCGGAGGCCAUCAAUCUCAGCACACCAAAGUGCUGCCCGCCGGCCGGCCGCUUGGGCACCACACCCGUGCCCUACCCUCUGAAGAAGCAGAACGGCAAGAUCAAAUACGAGUGCAACAUCUGCGCCAAGAGCUUCGGGCAGCUCUCCAACCUCAAGGUCCAUCUGAGGGUGCACAGCGGCGAGAGACCCUUCCAGUGCCAUAUCUGCAAGAAGUGCUUCACGCAGCUAGCUCACCUGCAGAAGCACCACCUGGUGCAUACGGGCGAGAAGCCUCAUGAAUGCCUGGUCUGCCACAAGCGCUUCAGCAGCACCAGCAACCUCAAGACCCACCUGCGGCUGCACUCGGGCGAGCGGCCGUACCAGUGCCGCCUCUGCCGCUGCCGCUUCACCCAGUACGUCCACCUCAAGCUGCACAAGCGGCUGCACGAGUGCAAGCGCCCACACCGCUGCCCCAGCUGCCCCAAGACCUACAUCCACCCCUUCAGCCUGGCGCUGCACCGCCGCGGCUACUGCCCGCUGGCCCCUGGCGCCGCCGGCCCCCCCGCCCAGCUCGGCCACUUCAACGCCCUGAUCGACCACUUCGACUUCAGUCUGGACGCCGAGCGCCUGGAGGGGGAAGGGGCCGACCCCGCCCGGGCUCCCGGGCUCCUGGAGAAUCUCAUCCUGAGGGAGCUGGGGUCAGGCAGCCGUGGGCAGCUCCCCAGGGACAAGGGCCCCUGCUUGCCUGGCCUCCACAAACAGCUUCCGCUCCUGCCCCUGCCCCACUACAGUGUCUCUGUCAAGCAGGAAGACUUCCCAUUGAAGCUGGCCUGAGCCGCUCGCUCUGCUGGGACUGGACUGGACCCCACGCCCACUGGUUGGCUUUGGCUAGCUGUGGUCCCUUGGCUUCCUCUGGGCCAGGGCUAGGCAACAGACUAAGCCCUUACAGCCUCCUAUGGGCUCUGUAUCUUCCCCUCCGAGUCCCACGGACCAGCCCUGGGUGCCAGGGCCUGGAAUGGGGUACAGCAGCCUGGGAUUUUGAUAGCGGCCAUGGACGUAUCCGCAGGGUGAAGCGGGUGCCAGGGAGCUGUGGGUAUCGCCUCUUACUCUGCAGGCAGUGCUGGGAGGGGGCUUUGUUUCUUGCACUGGCCUCCCCAGUCUCAGCACUGCCCGGGGGGCUGACACCUGGGCUUUAAAUGAGCUUCGGCCCCGUAGCAGUGCCCUCAGCCUAGGGGCCUGUAGGGUGCCCUGUACAGCCCAGCCCAGCCCUUCCCUGGCUUCCUGGGAUCUCUCUCCAGUGCAGGUCAAGACUCACUGUCCCAGAACUCCGGGAGCUGCCCGGUCUGGGUUAUCUCUGUGAAUGGCCCAAACCUCCCCUUUAAACGUGAUGCCACCAUGCUCACCAGGAGGUUAGGGUGGCAGGAACCCCGGGUUGGCCAGGAACCAGCUCCGGUCAGCUCUGCCGUCCCAGUGGGACCUGAUUUCCUUCAGCACCACAGCGGCUUCCGGGCCCCAGGCCUUGUAUAGAGAUACCAAAAACUGGGAUCCGCCAAGCCCAUCCCAACUCCAAAGCACCUCAGUGCCCGAAGGGGGCUCCUGCAGUCUCCUCUCCGGGGUCACAGCCUGGGAAUCUGUGAUGAAUCCUCAAAGUGCCACAUGUCUGGUCGUGCCCACAGCCCCUGAGGGCGCAAUCCAAGCGACAGGAAGGUACAAAACCAAGGGGCUCCUCUCUCUGAUCUAUGGAAUGAGCUUCAACCUCUCAGGUCCCCCGCCCUGCCUGUGGGGUGGGGGGUGUAUAAGAGCAAGACUUUGCCCCUGUCUAUAGAAAGCUUUAAUCUCUCCAGUACCCCUCUUGUGGGGGCAGGGAGCUGCACUCAGUACAAGCCAGGGACCCUGCCUGGUCUAUGGAAAGAGCUUUAACUUCUCAUGUGCCCCCCUCCCCUCCCCGAUCUCGGGCUGUGACGCCCUCCCUGGUCUGUGACCCCCUCAGGUAUCCCCGAUGGGGCCGCCACCCUCACAUUUGACUGUGCCCUUGUUUUUUUAUUUAUUUCUCGGCUGGCUGCAGCCCUGGCCGGAGCCUUUGUGUAUUUCUUGGGCCGUUUGCUGGUGUAGAGUGCUGAAAUGGAGGGGGUGAGAAAGUGGGGCCAGCGGGGGCCUGAUCCUGGGGGCAGGAAGGUGGCACCUGGGGCGGGGGGACAUUUAGCCCACGCCCAACAUUCUGCACCCAUUAGCGGCUAGAUUUCUGUCUGGUGCAGCGCCCUGGGACAUCUGCCCAGCCCCAUGGGACACCCCACUACUUUCCUGCUCCCCACUCACCGAUCUGUCCCCUCACCCCAUAGCUCCUUCGCGUCUUUUCCCCAGCACCCUCCAUGGCCAGCAGCCUGCCUGCGUGCUUCACGUUAGACCCACUACUCUUCACUCCUCUAUCCCCCUUGCGUUCUGCCCCCUGCCUCUGCACCUCCUGGCACCCGUUGUCCUCUAUAUCCCUCCUAGCUGCAGGCCCGGCUCUCCACUCCCUGCCCCCUGGUACCCACUGAGCUCCCUUCACAGCCUACAAGCCAGGGCGAGUCACAUACCACUCUGGAGCCGGCAGACAGAUCCCCACCAACCCCCAUCUCAGGUGCCACAGCAGAAACGUCUGCUGAUCGGAAACGCCUGGUAACGUGGAAGGGGCCAGGGCCGGGGGUUGUGAUUCCAAUGUUUCUAGUCAAUAAAACUUUCUGCCUUUGUACUUUUACAAAUUUCUCUGAGGAAUAACCUGUUUUCUGGGGCCUUUUGGUUUCCAUGGGUCUGUGUAGAGGCCUCAGCCACCCAAGGAGCAGGUUUUGGGGAGCGGUAUUUCCACGGAGAUGCCUGAGCUCUCUUCAGGCCAGCGGUCCCCUCCUCCAACAUCCCCAACCACUGACCAAUAGAUUCUUCACAGCCACGGGUGGUCAAGGCAUGGCCACCGGGCAAUA